CGGAAGCUGGGAAGUCCUGUUACUGAGGCCCGGUUAGUUAGGCUGAGGAACCAAAACAAGUGCCCAUUCUCUGUCAUUGCACCAGGUACUGCACGGUGGGGAACCGCGUGGUGCAGACCUGGGUGCGGAGGACACGGAGGGGGGUCACGGGGACACGAAAUCUCCCCGGAGCCGCAGUCGCCGCGCGGGGCGGCCUGGGAAAGUCACCAGUCAGCAGCGCAGUGGCGGGAACCGCAGCCCGGUGGCCCUGGAACCUCCCAGGUCAGCAAGCCAUCUAUUCAUUGUUCCGGAAAGAGAAACUCAAAGAGCAGAAACAGAAAGAAAUGGUUGACUCUGCAGUUAAUCUGUCCCAGGCACUCCAGGCAGUCUUGCCCAACAUCGGUGAGACUGUCAGAGAGGACCAGCUACCCUGCCAGGAGAGACACCCACCAGAUGAGCCAGAGAUACAACCUAUUGACUGGGUUUGGGUCAAGAAAUAUAUGGCCCAGCAGCUAGGAGGAAAGUGUACUGGACUGUUCCAGGUGAUCUUGGCCACACCAACUGCUGUUAAAGUAGCUGACAAGCCUUACUGGAUUCAGCAGAAUCAUCUACAGCUGACAAAACCUGAACAUGUGCCCAAGGAAUGGGUGGUAAGGUCCCUGGGACCUACCAAGGGUCUGUUGACCUUCUGGGAUGUAGCCGUGGACUUCUCCCAGGAGGAGUGGGAAUGCCUGGACUCUGCUCAGAGGACUUUGUACAUUGAUGUGAUGUUGGAAAAUUACAGCAACCUGGUCUAUGUGGAGAACUACUGCAUAUGUGACCCUGUCCAUCAACAUGUGAAUAAUGAAAAGGAGUCUUGUCAGUGUAAUGAGCUUGACAAAGUGCUUCAUGACCCCUCCACAUGUGCACUUUAUAGAACAAGUGAAACUACAGAAAAUUCUAAUAACUACAGAUGCAAUAAUCACAGGGAUGCCUCCAUUGACUUAACAAACCCAGACAGACAUGGUAGCAUGCAAACUGGAGAAGAGUCUUACAAAUCUAAAGACCAUGAGAAAUCUUUAAAUUUGUGUUCCAACCUUACUCAAGAUCAGAGACUCUACACUGCAAAGCAAGAGCAAAAGCAGGGAGAAUAUAAUGACUAUUUUGACUCUACAUACAGUUGUUUGCAACAAAAAUUCUACAUUGGAGAGAAACCACACCAAUGUGGGAAAUGUGGGAAAUACUUCAGUACUGCCUUAAGCCUCACUGUACAUCAAAGAAUUCAUACUGGAGAGAAGCCUUACAAAUGUAAGGAAUGUGACAAAUGCUUCACUGUAAAGUCAACUCUUACAAAGCACCAGAGAAUUCAUACUGGAAAGAAACCCUACAAGUGCACCGUUUGUGACAAAUCCUUUACACAGUCCUCAAGUCUGAAAACACAUCAAAGACUUCAUACUGGGGAGAAACCAUACAAAUGCAGAGAAUGUGGAAAGUCCUUUCAUCAGUCCUCAGCACUUAAAAGCCAUCAGAACAUGCAUACAGGAGAGAAGCCUUACAAAUGUAAGGAAUGUGACAAAUCCUUUUCUCACUAUUCUAACUUCAGGAGACAUCAGAAAAUCCAUACUGCUGAGAAACAUUAUAGGUGUCAAGAAUGUGGCAAAGUCUUUCAUUGGCUUUCACACUUAAGAAGACAUUACAGACUCCAUACUGGAGAGAAGCCUUACAAAUGCAAUGAGUGUGACAGUUCUUUUAUUCACUAUUCAUCAUUUAGAAGACAUCAGAAAACUCAUUCUCUAGAGGAAUUGUAUGAAUGCAAAGAAUGUGGUAAAUCCUUUCUUGACUUAUCACAUCUUAAAAGGCAUUACAGAAUCCAUACUGGUGAGAAGCCUUAUAAAUGUGAGGUCUCACUGAUCACCCAGACCUGCUCACCUGUGCAGCAAAACAAAGAGGCCUGGAAGAUGGAGAGAGAGGAGACAGUAGCUAAGGAUCCAGGGCAGCAAGCCAUCUAUUCAGCAAGCCAUCUAUUGUUCCUGAAAGAGAAACUCAAAGAACAGAAACAACAAGAAAUGGCUGAUUUUCCAGGAUAUACGUCCCAGGGUCUGUUGACAUUCUGGGAUGUGACUGUGGACUUCUCCCAGGAGGAGUGGGAAUGCCUGGACUCUGCUCAGAGGGCUUUGUACAUUGAUGUGAUGUUGGAGAAUUACAACAACCUGGUCUCUGUGGAGAACUAUUGGAUGUGUGAUUCUGUCCAGGAACAUGUGAAGACUGAAAAGGAGUCUUGUCAGUAUACUGAGUUUGGCAAAGUGCUUCAUGACCUCUCCACGUGUGCACUUUAUGGAACAAGUGAAACUACAGAAAACUCUAAUAACUACAGUUGCAAUAAUCACAGAGAUGCCUCUAUUGACUCAUCAAAUCCAGAUAGACAUGAAAGCAUGCACACUGCAGAAGAACCUUGCAAAUCUAAAGACUGUGAGAAAUCUUUACAUUUGUGUUCCAACAUGACUCAAGAUCAGAGACUCUACUCUGCAAAGAAAGAGCACAGGCAGGGAGAAUAUGAUGACUAUUUCAGCUCUGCACACAGUCUUAUGCAACAAACAAUCUAUGUAGGAAAAAAACUGCACCAGUGUGAGGAAUGUGGUAAAUUCUUCAGCUCCCCCUCAAACCUCGCUAUACAUCAGAGAAUUCAUACUGGAGAGAAACCCUUCAAGUGCAAUGUUUGUGACAAAUCCUUUAACUGUUUCUCAAGUCUUGAAAGACACCAGAGAGUUCAUACUGGAGAAAAGCCUUACAAAUGUGAAGUAUGUGACAAAUCCUUUAACGUGAUCUCAAAUCUUAGAAUACAUCAGAAAACUCAUACUGGGGAGAAACCCCACAAAUGUAGGGAAUGUGACAAAUCCUUUACCCAGAGCUCACAUCUUAAAAGACAUCAGAGAGUUCAUACUGGAGAGAAACCUUACAGAUGUAAAGAAUGUAACAAAUCUUUUUCUAAGUGCUCAACUCUUCAAGCACAUCAGAAAAUUCAUACUAGAGAGAAAACUUACAGAUGCAAAACCUGUGACAUAUCCUUUACCCAUUAUUCAAAUCUGAAAAUACAUCAAAGAAUUCAUCCUAAAGAGAGACCUUACUUCUGUAAGGAAUGUGGCAAAUUUUUUACUAGCAACUCAUAUCUUAAAGUACAUCAGAAAAUUCAUACUGGAGAGAAACCUUACAAAUGCAAAGACUGUGGCAGAUCCUUCACCCAGUGUUCAACUCUUAGAACACAUUACAAAGUUCAUAGUCGAGAGAGACUGCAAUGUAAGGAAUGUGGUGAAUCUUUUACUAAGUGCUCAACUCUUGGAGCACAUCAGAAAAUUCAUACUGAAGAGAAAAGUGCUAAACCUUACCAGUGUGGGAAAUGUGGGAAAUACUUAAGUACUGCCUCAAGCCUCACUGUACACCAGAGAAUACAUACUGGAAAGAAACCCUACAAGUGCAACGUUUGUGACAGAUCCUUUACCCAAUGCACAAAUCUUAAAACACAUCAAAGACUCCAUACUGGAGAGAAGCCUUACAAAUGCAAAGAAUGUGGAAAGUCAUUUCCUCAGUUGUCUGCACUUAAAAGCCAUGAGAAAAUGCAUACAGGAGAGAAGCCUUACCAAUGUAAGGAAUGUGACAUAUCCUUUGCCCACUCUUCCAGUUUUAAGAAACAUCAGAAAAUGCAUACAGAUGGGAGACAUUAUAGUUGUCAAGAAUGUGGCAAGGUCUUUCAUCAGCUUUCACACUUUAGAAGCCAUUACAAACUCCGUACUGUAGAGAAGCCUUACAAAUGCAAUGAGUGUGACAGAGCCUUUCCCCACUAUUCAUCACUGAGUAGGCAUCAGAAAACUCAUUCUCUAGAGAAACAUAACAAAUGCAAAGAAUGUGGUAAGUCCUUUCUUGAAUUAUCACAUCUUAAAAGGCAUUACAGAAUCCAUACUGGGGAGAGGCCUUUCAGAUGUGAGGUAUGUGACAAAUCCUUUACCCAGGAGUCACAUCUUAGAACACAUCAGAGAGUUCAUAGUGGAGAGAGACCUUACAGUUGUAAGGAAUGUGACAAAUCUUUUAGUAGGUGUGAAUAUCUUAGAGCACAUCAGAAAAUUCAUACUAGAAAGAAACUUUACAAAUGCAAAGACUGUGACAUGUCCUAUAUCCAUAUUGCAAGUCUUAGAAGACAUUAGAAAAUUCAUACUAGAGAGAAAAAUACCAUUAUAAAUAAUGUGAUAUAGCAUUUAUCUGAAAUUCUCAGCUUAUGAAUCUCAACAGUAUAUAUAAUAAAAACAUAAAGAUGAGAAACUUGUGAAUGCCUCUAAUGAAGGUUUAAAUCUUAGAAAAUAUCACAGGGUUUAUAUUAAAAUAAAAUUUUGUAAAAGUAA